GACCUUCGUGCACGUGUGAAACGUUAACAUUAGCAGCGUUUGUUCCGCGAGUCAGACUGCGCGCUCUCUGUAGCUGUUAAGCUAACCUUUAUGCAAAACAUCCGCAGGGUUCUCAUCAAUAGCUCCGUUUUAACAACUCUGCGGUCUGUUCGCUUUCAGGGGCCAGCUCGUGCGUUAGUAACAGUUGGCUGUUUUGGGUGAAGACCUGUUCUUUCCCCGCUUGGCUCCAGAUGAGCUCCAGGGUAAAAGGCCCGGUGCCUUUCUCCAUCCCCGUUACUCUCCGGUGCUAACGCUGUCAGCGAGCGUGUCGCGGUCUGAAUGAGAACCGACCUUUAGAUCCUGAGUUAGCUGAAAUAAAGUGUCUUUACUCUAAACUGCUGCACACCUGGACAGAGUAAACAUCUUAUUAUUGAAGACAUCCUUGAACCUGUGACAUUCAUCAGAGGGACGGUGUGCAGCAUGGUCAUCAACCACGAGGAGUCCCCCGGUCCCUCUAGAGUGAGCCAACCAACAGUUGUCUUCAACCCAGAUUUCUUUGUGGAGAAACUCCGCCAUGAGACCCCUGAUGUGUUCCUGGAGCUGGUGCUCAGUAACAUAACCCGCCUAAUUGAUCUUCCUGGGGCCGAGUUUUCUCAGCUCCUUGGUGAGGAGGGACCUAAGAACCCGACGGGUGGAAGUGGAGUUUUUUUUCGUUCUUUCAACUUCCUCAAACGCAAAGAUAAAGGAAUCGUCUUCGGGACUCCGCUGACGGACAGCUGCCUCGCCCAGGUCUACCAGCUGAUUGAAUACCUCAGCAAAAAUCUACACGUGGAGGGGCUGUUCCGGGUGCCGGGGAACAGCGCUCGGCAGCAGACCCUGAAGGAGCUCCUCAACAGUGGAGCUGAUGUUCACCUGGAGUCUGGAGAGUUUCAUCCCAACGAUGUGGCCACGCUGCUGAAGACCUUCCUGGGAGAGCUGCCGGAGCCCCUGCUGACACACAGACACUUCCACGUUCACCUCAAGAUAGCUGACAUGACUCUGCUUGAUGAGCAAGGCAACAAGACUACAACACCCAAUAAGGAGCGUCAAAUCGAGGCGCUGCAGCUCCUCUUCCUGCUGCUGCCUCAGGCCAACCGGUCGCUGCUCAAGCUGCUGCUGGAUCUGCUCUACCACACAGCCAAGCUCCAGGACAAGAACAAGAUGUCUGCCUUCAACCUGGCCCUCAUGUUUUCUCCUCAUGUCCUCUGUCCCAGACAUAUGACCGCUGGUGACCUCAAAGACAAUCUGAAGACACUGAACAACAGCAUGGCGUUCCUCAUCAAACAGUCACAGAAGCUCUUCAGGGCUCCAGUCUAUCUGAGGGAAUACGCCAAGGCCCACUUCAGUGGCUCCACGGGUCUUCAGACCAAGGACGAUCUGGGUCUGCUGGCAGCAAACGGCGGUUCUGCCCAGAGGACAGUGUUGCCUCUGAAGAGGACCGCUGCUCUGGGCCCCGCCUCCCAGGACCAGCACCAGUCACCAGCUCAACAGUACACCGAGGAGGCCCUGAAGGAGCUCUUCAGACACGUUCACCACAACAUGCCCGACUCUGCCAAGAAGAAGAAACUAGUUCGCCAGUUAGUCAAACAGACAGCCGUCCCUCCUAACGAAGGUCACCAAACCCCCCCCACCAAGAAGCACCCUCGAUCCCGCUCCUUUGGUGGCCUCAUCAAGCGUAGAGCUCGGGGCGAGCAGCUGACUGGAGAGAGGCGGGUCAGACACCUCUCCCCCGAGCCCGUCCGCCGGCUCGGGAAGGAGAACGUCAUCCUGCAAGCGGUAAACCGCUCAGGGCUGGUGAUGAAAACACCAGAGUUUACUUUUCACACGGACGUUUUUAAGGUUUCUAAGCAGGACUCUUCCUCAGCAUCCGUGGUGGUCUGACUGAAGCCUGAAGCCUUCGCCGGACCUCGGAGGGGACCGGGACCUCUGCAGAGUACAGCUUAUUUCACUGUGAGGCCGUAGAGCCGUGCUAAUCUCCUUAGUUCAGUUUUUAUUGUUGCACAGAUGUGUGUGUGUGUGUGUAGGUGUGUGUGUGUGUAGGUGUCUUCAUCCCUCCUUCAGGGCCUACGUGCAGGUCAGCUGUGUUUUAGUCAGGUGACCUUUGGGAGGGCAGCAGCUUCCUGCCUGCUGUCGGCACCUCGCGUGCUCGUGUUUGUUGUCGGGAGGUUGGAGUCCUUUUGGGAGCUGAUGUUUGCCUCGUCUCGUCCUGCGUUACCUUCCAGGAUACAGGAAGACUUUCAGCCGUUUUCAUGCUGGUUUUGGUCUGGAAAGGCUACAGGAAUGAAUACUGCAGGUGAACAGCCUGAGUUUGGAGAAGUAGAGUUCAUAGCUUUCACGACUGAUGAGCUAAUGGCUAGGUGAGUAUCUCCAAUACUGUACAGCAGGUCAUGUGACGUUGUUCUUAACCAGCAUAAACACUAGCGAUGAGUCAGAGAGGAAAAUAACCCGUCGAGGUUUAGAGUAAUCCAGUAGAUUAGCCGUCAGAGCUGAAGGGUGUCCUCUCCGUUUCUCUGAACUAAGGCUGUUGGGCUAAGCUAGGAUUUCUAACGUUUCCAUAGAGAGGCGGAGCAGCUGAGUUUACAAACCAGGUUUCAUAUGCAGGAUGGAGAAGAGUUACUGGGAGCACUGGUCUCUGGGACGGUGGUGCUUUAGCUGCAGGUGGAGGAAUGUUUCCUAAGAUGAGCAGAGCACAUGCUGGGUGUUGGGAUUGCUAGGUGGAGGCGUCCUGCAUGGGCUAAUCUCAGAUUAGCAGCAAUCUAAUCUGGUCAGCAGAGCGUCGGUCCUGGGUGAGCCGAGAACCAAACGCCUCGCUGCUUUAUGAUGAUUUAGAGUUCAGUCCAGCUCUUCAGCACCACGACCCAGACCCGGCGAGUGGGCUGAGCGGCUCUGUUCUCACUGGUUUCUACACAAAUGGUGACUGCACUUGGGAACGAUGGGAUGUAGCGUGGCGCUCAUGUGACCCACUGCUGCAUCCUUGUGUGCUGGUGGGGAUUUACAGGAAGUUGGGAUGAGAUGGACUCCUUUAGUUUUACAGAGCCUCGGAUUUUUAUUCAGCCUCCUAAAACCCCCUUCGUGUGUGUGUGUGUGUGUGUGUGUGUGUGUGUGUGUGUGUGUGUGUGUGUGUGUGUGUGUGUGUGUGUGUGUGUGUGUGUGUGUGUGUGUGUGUGUUCUACCCAGUAGUUCAGUUUAACGUGCUUCUGACAUAAAUGUGAGGUCAUCUGUGAUGUUGACACCCUGCUCUCACCUGUGGUUACCUGUCUCGUGCUGUUGUGUAAAAUAAGUGAACCUGUACAGUAGAUUUUGUAUUAAAACGUUUUUCUAUCAAA